GAGGUGAGAUGAUUCGCUGCUUGGCAACAGAGCAAAUGAAGCGAGGAAGAGGAGGAGGACGGCAUCUGUGCUGAACCCGACAAACCUUUCUCAAUCCAGAUUACAUGUGAACGUCAACGAUGGGUUCGGCUCCGAAAACGGCACACACGGUUCUUUUGAGUGUCAUUAUAAGCUGGAUGGCCGUCGUUUCUGGCCGCAGUCCACGCACGGUGGAUCAGGUGUCGGAGGCGGAUAUCCAGCGCCUGCUGCACGGUGUGAUGGAGCAGCUGGGAAUCGCGCGGCCCAGGGUCGAGUAUCCCGCGCAUCAGGCCACCAACAUAGUCGGUCCACUCAGCAUCCAAGGUGGUGCCCAUGAGGGACUCCAACAUCUCGGGCCAUAUGGGAACAUCCCUAACAUUGUUGCAGAGUUAACUGGAGACAGUGUUCCCAAAGACUUCAGCGAGGACCAUGGCUACCCUGACCCUCCCAAUCCUUGCCCUCUUGGAAAGAGUGCUGCUGAUGGAUGUUUAGAGAACUCUCCAGACACUGCAGAGUUCAGUCGAGAAUUCCAGAAACAUCAGCACAUCUUUGACCCUGAGCAUGACUACCCUGCACUCGCGAAGUGGAAUAAAGGUCUGUUGUAUGAAAAACUGAAGGGUGGGCCGAAAAGAAGAAAAAGGGAAACAUAA